UAGUCAUUUCCUGGAUCCCUCGGCCGAGAGGCAAAGCAUCAGAGUAAAAUGCAGACCACAGCCAUAGCUCCUUCUUCACAUGCCUCCAUUUUCUUCAACCCACUUCUCAAUUUCACCAUUUCAAAUCCCCUAAUCCCCUCCAACUCGACAUUUCUCUCGACCCUUGUUGCAGUUUCCGAUGGAUUUCGGGCUCAAACAUCGAUCAUUUGCGCCAGGAAGAAGAGGAGGAGACCCGUGUUUCUGAGAUCGACCAAAUUAGUGCUUGAAUUGGCGUCUCUCUUUGCCUCCAACCUAAAGAUCUUACCGCCGCCGCUGGAUUUGGUCGUCGCGGAAUUGAGCGGCGGAGAUGGCAAUGGAGGUGGUUCGCGGUUGUGGAGGAGAUUUGGUGGAGGCGGCUAUGAUGGAUGGAGAGGUAAGAGGAAGAAAACCCCAUUGUUGAUUGGGUUUUUGGUUCUUUGUGGUCUUGCUUUGUGCGUUUUCACUGAUUUUGAGCUCGAUGCGAUUUGUGGAGCUCUUGGAUUUGCUGUAUUUAGCGUUGCAUUAAUUCAAUUGUGGGAGAGAAGUGGGAUUUCGAAACAUUUCGUUUGGGGAUUUGGCCUUUUCGGCAUUUUGAUUGCCUUGGGAUUGAGAAGAUCUGAGGUGCAAAAAUGGGCUGGGAAAUUAGGGUUUUACCGUCCAAAGAUCAAGAGUUUGAGAAGAAAAAUUAAAGGCAGUGAGAGGUCUUGUUCGAGUGUUGUAAGAACGAAACUCCUACUCUUUGCAGGGUAUAUAUUCAACAAGUUCGGCAACCCAUUCCCUUUUUUCUAUAGCACGGAAGAGCUAUAUUUAACUACAGUGAUAGAAGAACCUCGACUAGAGUUGCAAGUAAAGACCAGUAAGUCCUACUUAGAGAACCUUUUUGUUCGAUUUCCAUUUAGAAGUUCCAAAUUUCAAUGCUCCCCUUCUUCAAGGGAAGAAAAAGAUCCAAUUUUCACUUUUCGUCCAUUUCCAUGAUCUUCAAUCUUUGCCC